GGUGGAGGAGGCAACAUGGCUAGGCGAGGCAGCUGGCCUGGAAUUCUGACUGGGCCCCAGCCUGCAGUGGCCUUCCCUCCCAGUCUGGAGAGGCAGCCAGAGCUGGCGAUGGGUUCCCAUUGUGCCAAGCUCGGCACAGGCCACAGCCGGGGCCACGAAUCCUCCAUGAAGAAGCUCAUGGCCUGCGUGAGUCAGGAUAACUUCUCCUUGUCGUCAGAAGGCGAGGAAGAGGAGGAGGGAGAGGAGGAGGAGGAGGAGGAGGAGGAAGAGGAGGAGCUCCCGGUGCAGGGCAAGCUGCUGCUGAUGGAGGCCGAGAGGCAGGAGGAGGAGGGCGCCGAGGAAGACCCCGUGGCCCAGCAGAGCCCCGAGCCCAAGCAGACGCACUCCUGACCCACGACGGUGGCCCAGGAAGACAUUCCUGCCACUGUUCCAGCGAGAAGAACUUUCAGAAAAGAGUCAAUAAAAAGUCUCCAAGGAC